AUGCCUUUCGAAUCUCCUCAUCCACCAAUCGACUUGCCAUCCAAAGAAUCCAUCUGGUCAUUCUUCUUCGACUCUAGUCAUAGCCCUUUAUCCGCCUCUGCUACAUCAACAUCAAUCUCUGGCUACACAGACGCUAGCACCGGUGCCUUUCUCUCCUACUCUGACGUCAAAGCCAAAGCGACUGCCCUCUCCACCGCUCUGAUCCGUCAUCAUGGCUUUCUAGCUGGCGACACGGUGAUUUUGUUUUCCCAAAACUCGAUUUGGUAUCCCGUGGCCAUGUUUGGGAUACUCAGGGCUGGAGGCGUGGUCAGUGGAGCCAGUCCAGCGUAUGGUGUUGAAGAAAUGGAGUAUGCGUUGCGCACUUCUGGGGCCAAGUUUUUGAUGACGCAUCCAGAGUCUCUUGGUGUUGCCGUGAAGGCUGCUGAAGCUGUGGGAUUGGGUCGAGAGAGGGUUUUCUUGAUUGAAGGGGAGGAGAAAGGGUUUUCUGGGCUGAAAGAGUUGAUUGAGGGAGUCAAGGGGAAGCAAGAGGUGGAGGCUUGGAGNGGGGUGGAGGAGAAGAGUAAUGGGAAUGUGUGUGCGUUUCUGAGCUUUAGUUCUGGGACUACUGGGUUACCCAAGGCUGUCAUGAUUUCUCACCAAAAUGUCAUUGCGCAGUGUCUACAGAUGCUGGUCAUCACACCCAAAGAUCUGGAUCGCGUGUUGGCUGUGCUGCCUCUCUUCCACAUCACCGGUCUCGUACACAUCCUCCAUCUACCCAUUCUACUAAACGCAAACGUCAUCAUGCUGCCUUCCUUCAGCAUGCCAACAAUGCUUGCCACAGUCGUCAAAUACAAGAUCAAGGAAUUGCUCUUGGUGCCACCACUGCUUAUCCGCUUGGUCCGCGAUCCCAUCGUCGCCUCUUACGACUUGACUCAUGUCCAAAGGUUUUCGUCUGGAGCUGCUCCUUUGAGUCGAGAGAUUUUGGAUUUGCUGCANAAAAAGUUUCCGAAUACGGGGUUCAAGCAAGGGUAUGGGAUGACUGAAUCCUGCAGUUGCAUCACUGGCCAUCCGCCUGCAUACUAUGACUAUCAGUAUGCGCAUGCGGUGGGCCAAAUCAUGCCUUCCACCUCCGUGAAGAUCAUCCGCGACGACGGCACCGAAGCUUCCUUCAAUCAACCCGGCGAGAUCCUGGCCAAAGGCCCGCAAAUAACCAUGGGAUAUCUGAACAACGCCACCGCCACAAGAGACACUUAUGAUGCAGAGGGCUACCUACACACCGGCGACCAAGGCUUCAUCUCCCCUCAAGGCCUCCUCACCAUCACCGACCGCAUCAAAGAAAUGAUCAAAGUAAAUGGCCACGCCGUCGCCCCCGCAGAACUCGAAGAUUUGCUCCUGGGCCACGUCGCCAUCGAAGAUGUGGCCGUACUGGGCAUCCCUGACUCCAUCUCUGGAGAAGCGCCAAAAGCAUUCGUCGUCUUGAAACCCAACUCAUCCUCUACGCACAGUAAACAAGACGUCCAAAAUGUGGGAAAAGAGUUGCUCGAGUUCGUCAAGCAGAAAAAGAUACGCUAUAAAUGGCUCGUGGAGGUUGAGUUUGUGGAGGUGAUUCCAAAGUCUCCGUCAGGGAAGAUAUUGAGAAGAGUGUUGAAAGACAGGGCAAGGAGAGGAGAGUUUGGAGUUGUAGUCAGAGAAGCGGCAAAGGCAAAGUUGUGA